AUGGUCAGAAGUAAGAACUCAGCUGAUGAAGCGCUCUUCGCUGAUAGUUACCAACAAUACGUCAAUGACUUCAUUGACGUAGACUGCGUUGGAAACAUCAGCGUUGGGACACCGGGAAGAGCUUUCCAAGUUGUGCUCGACACAGGUUCAGCAAAUUUUUGGGUGCCAGACAUUUCAUGUGCUCCACCUGGAGGAAGAGAAGGAUGUGAUGACUCUUUAUGUGAACCAGGCUUGGCAUGCGCAAUCUUCUGCCCAGAGAGGAAGAGGACUCAUUGCUGCAGUGAAGCCUUACGAGCGCAAAGAUACACAUGUAGAGGAAAGAAUACGUACGACCCCAAGAAUUCCACUUCGCAAAGACCUCAUGAAGGCUCUUGGUCAAUCCAAUAUCGCACGCAUAAAGUGAAUGGCAUCUAUAUUCUUGAUUUACUGAAGCUUGGAGACGAAAAUUUCUUGAUUAACGAUGUGGUUGUAGGUAGAGCAACGUGGAUUGGUGAUCAUUUCAGAAAACUUCCAAUCGAUGGAGUACUUGGACUAGCAUUCCAAAAAUUAGCCGAAAACCAUGUCAGACCGCCAUUUGUACAAGCCUAUGAAUCUGGAGUAGUUGCACCCAUAUUCACAGUGCAUCUCAACCGACCAAAUGAAGGAGGUACACACGCUGGUGUGUACACAUAUGGAGGAACUGAUAAUGUUAACUGUAAAGAUGAUGUGGUCUAUCAGGAAUUAACGCGUGCUGGAUAUUGGCAGUUUGAGCUGAAAAGCGUUUCAAGUGGAAAUUUUCAUGCAAGUGCAAGCUGGGAAGCUAUUUCGGAUACGGGUACUUCCUUCAUUCGUGCACCGCAAAGCAUAGUCGAAAAACUAGCAGAAGCAUUACAGGCAGAGUACAGCAUGGAAGAAGAUAUUUACUUUACUGACUGCGAUGGAUUUCCAAAGAUUGGGUUUGUUAUUGGUAACAACAAUUACACUGUGAAAGGACACAGCAUACUGAUAACGUUGGAAGAAUUCAAAUGCUAUCUGGCUCUGUCAAGCAUUGAUUCGGGCUCCUUUGGACCUAGUUGGAUUCUUGGAGAACCCUUUAGGCAGUACUGCAACAUUUAUGACAUGCAGAAGCAAAGAAUUGGAUUCAGUACAUCACUUCCAGAAGAAGAAGGAUGAAAGUAAUGGACCAUUGUAGUCAUAGAUGUUUUAGACAACUACAAUUUCACCAACUAUGUCCUCUUGUAUUAUUGAAAGACCACAAAUUUAAUCAUGGG